AUUUUAUGUAUUUUUUGCUUGUUGUUGCUUUUAUCGUCCUUCCCUUUAAGAUAGAUGAAACGUCGUUACAUCUCUCAGUGAACAUUGCUUCAUGACAUCUCUAGGUGAAGAGUCAGCUGAUAGAAAUGUAGGCUUUCGGUGAAGAUUACUCGGGUAUUUUCGGAGAAAGACUUUGAUUGAGCAGGGUCGGCGGCAGGAAGAGAAGAGAGGGAGAGAACGAGAGGAGCGUUUCAUUGUAACAACUCGAAGUCUAGCCUACAUACAGUAACUGCAGCGCUACAGCCAUGGAUGUAGACGUGGUGAACAUGUUUGUCCUGGCGGGAGGAACUCUAGUCAUCCCUAUCCUGGCCUUCUUUGCCUCAUUCUACAUGUGGCCUGCAGCUAUUAUCCAUGUUUAUAACUGGUACUGGCGUCGCCGGCUGGGCCUGCAGGUUGUCUACUCUGAGAACAGAGGUUACCGGUUCUGUUACUCCCACAGAGGGAAGCCUGGUCCAGGCCGCCCCUCUAUUCUCAUGCUCCACGGCUUUUCUGCUAACAAGGACAUGUGGCUGCCUGUGGCUAAGUUUCUGCCCAAGCACCAGCACCUGCUGUGCAUUGACAUGCCCGGACACGAGGGCACCAGCCGCACCGAUGCCAGAGACUAUUCCAUAGAGGGACAGGUCAAGAGGAUACGACAGUUCGUGGAGAGUGUCCGUCUGACCAAGAGGCCCUUCCACCUAGUGGGUACAUCCAUGGGAGGAAACGUUGCCGGAGUGUACGCUGCCCGCUACCCUAACGAUCUUUGCAGUGUCACCCUCAUCUGUCCCGCAGGUCUUCCGAACGAGAGUCCGUUUGUGGAGCGGCUGAGGGAGCUGGAGAAGGACCGUGAACUGAGUGGGAGCCUGGAUCCCCAGGGCAUCCCUCUGAUCCCCUCUACCCCAGAGGAGAUGGAGGAUAUGCUCAAACUCUGCUCUUUCGUACGCUUCAAGAUCCCUCAACAGAUUCUUCAGGGAUUGGUGGAUGUUCGAGUUCCAAACAACGACUUCUACAGAGAGUUGUUCAUGGAGAUCGUAGGAGAGAAGUCCAGACACUCUUUACAUGAGAACAUGCAUCUGAUCACAGUCCCAACACAGGUCAUCUGGGGGAAGCAUGACCAGGUGGUGGACGUGUCUGGAUCAUCUAUGCUGAAGGAGGCCGUCUCUGGCUGCCAGGUGGAGUUGCUGGACAACUGUGGUCACUCUGUGGUGAUGGAGCGACCUCGCAAGACAGCUCAGCUCAUCAUGGACUUUAUCAAUAACCAACACAACUCUGGCUCUGGCUCUAACAACAGCAAGAAACUCUCCUGAGACUGACUACCUGGAGUUCAGACUUUUAUAGUGCCCGUUUCCCGGACAAGGUUAAACCUAGUCCUAGGCAAAGAAGCACUUUCAAUGGGGGUUUGAUCUCCAUUGAACAUGCGUUUCAGUCAGGGUUUCAGGUUUCAGUCAGGGACUAGGUUUCAGUCAGGAGGUACUAGGUUUCAGUCAGGUUUUCAGGUUUCAGUCAGGGACUAGGUUUCAGUCAGGGUUUUCAGGUUUCAGUCAGGGACUAGGUUUCAGUCAGGAGGUACUAGGUUUCAGUCAGGAGGUACUAGGUUUCAGUCAGGGUUUCAGGUUUCAGUCAGGGUUUCAGGCUUCAGUCAGGGACUAGGUUUCAGUCAGGAGGUACUAGGUUUCAGUCAGGAGGUACUAGGUUUCAGUCAGGGUUUCAGGUUUCAGUCAGGGUUUCAGGCUUCAGUCAGGGACUAGGUUUCAGUCAGGGACUAGGUUUCAGUCAGGGACUAGGUUUCAGUCAGGGACUAGGUUUCAGUCAGGGACUAGGUUUCAGUCAGGUUGCAGUCAGGGUUUCAGUGAGGUUUUUAGGUUUCAGUCAGGGACUAGGCUUCAGUCAGGGACUAGGCUUCAGUCAGGGACUAGGUUUCAGUCAGGGUUUCAGGUUUCAGUAAGGUACUAGGUUUUAGGUUUAAUCUGUGUCCAGGAAACCAGCCUACGGUGAGCGUUUAUCGCAUCUGUAAAAAAAAAAAUCUAAUAAUCUGUAAAUGAUCUAGUAAUAUUUUUCUAAUGUAGUCCUCAGGGAAUGAGCCCAUCAACCAGCUGGCUGCUGUUUCAUGCUUGAAUUUGAUUAUAAGGCGAAGAUACUGGGAUACAAUAUUGUGACAUUGCAUUUAUUUAGUGAUUUAAGGACCUUAAUUUUCAAAUGUUAUAUUAUUUGUUUAAUUGCCGAUGUGUUACUAACUUAAUUACAUGAUUUUAUACUUUAUUUGAGUUUGUGAUAGCUCUGAGUCAGCUGAAGGACUGUGGUUGGUAGUGUCUGAGACUGUUCCCGCCUGAAAACCCAAGAAGUAAAGGAAGACGCAAACUCAAAUCAAACUAGUUAGUUAGUUAGUUAGGUUUGUCUUGUUGAAGGUUGGCACAUGGUCUUAUUAUUAACCACAGACAACAUAUUACACCUUGUACAUUAGGAACAUAUUGUCAUUGUGUUUUAUGAUAAAAUAAAUGUUAUAAAAAAACAAUGGAGCUACAAGGACGUACGUUUUGUAAUAUUAUUAUUAUUAUUAUUAACCAAAUAUUUUUGUUAUUCAAUGGCUGCUAUACCCUGUUAUAUGUGAUAUAACCUGAUAGGAUCGAUGCAUGACGUUAAGAGUAUCGAUGCAAUGAGACACAACAACCAAUGCCUGGAUAUUUUCAAGUUUGCUUUGUUUCGUUUUAGCUGAUGCCAUGUCAUUAAGUUACACUGAGACAAAAAAAAUAGAUUUGUGACACUUUUCUUAUCCUUGUACAUGUUAAUGCAUCUACUCAAUGUUUUGCUUGUUCACGUAAAGCACAAAAUAAAACUCUUCUCAUGCUGACAUGAAA